GUAACAUGGCAGAAGCUGGUGAAUGGCACUAAGCAGAACGUGGCAAUCGCCAAUCCUUCCCUGGGUGUGUCUGUGGCCCCGCCCUACAGGGACCGUGUCACCUUCAAGAAUGCAGCAGUGAGGCGGCGAAUGCCAACCCUGGAGGACACCACCAUCACCUUCUCCUCGCUCCGCCUCUCUGACGAGUCCACCUACAUCUGUGAAUACACCACAUUCCCGGCAGGGAACCGAGAAAACACUGUGAACCUCACCGUCUACGUUCGCCCAACAACUCAGAUGAGUCUCUCCACACCAACGUUGGUGGCACGUUCAUCCAAUCUUAAGACACCAGUGGCCACCUGCAUCUCUGCCAAUGGAAAACCACCCGGUACCAUCAGGUGGGAGACGAGGGUGCCAGGAGAAGUGACCAGCCGAGAGUACAGGAACUCAGACGGGACAUUCACUGUUCAAAGUGACUACAUUUUGGUGCCCAGCAGAGAAACACACAAGGAGACGCUCACCUGCGUCACCUCCUACAAUGAGGAAGUCUUCACUGACAGCGUCACCCUCGAUAUUCAGUAUGAGCCAGAUGUUUCGGUGGAUGGGUACGAUGGAAACUGGUACCUGAACCGAGAGAAUGUUCAGCUGAGCUGCCAAGCAGAUGCUAACCCAGCCGUCUCUCUGUAUCAGUGGAGAGUGAUUAAUGGCACCAUACCAAGCAAUGCUGAGAUCCGAGACAAUGUCCUGACCCUUAGAGGGCCGGUCACAUAUGACCUGCAGGGCACCUAUGUGUGCGAUGCCACCAACAGUAUCGGGACAAGAUCGGGCUCUGUGGAGGUCAGCAUCAUCGAAAAGCCUCUACCGCAGAUCGCUACAGGUGAUGUCAUCAGUGUAAUCGCUUUGUUACUGGCUGCUGGAGUGCUCAUGGGCAUCACUAUAACAGUCCUGGUGCUCAAAAUAAGAAGUAGAAAAGAUGACUCUUCAAAUGACUCUCCAUCCAGAAAACUGUCCCAGCCUAUAAGGAAAAGACCGGAUGAUAUCCAG